GCACACGCACCCAAGAGCCGAUAGUUUUCCGCACUAGCAGUUUGUUUACAGUGAAAACAGUGUUCUUGGUGUGGGAGUGUUCCGUGUCAGUGCAGAGCUGGUUUUUAUUAGCGGGUUCUUGUGUCAAACGGAUCCUUUAGAAAAGAAAAAAGGCACGAGAAUGGUGAUGUAGGUAAAAGGUCACCAUGGCUCGCGCUGAUCAGGUGACACGUGUGGCGAUGUCGUGCUGCGUCCGGACCUUUAACACGAAAUUGCACUAAACUUUGUAUUUAAAACACAAACAUGACAAACCAGGGGAAGCAGUACAGCACAGGAGACUCCCAUGAUGAAGCAUUGUCGUUUGGUUAUUAUGAUGAUGAUGAUGAUGAAGAUGAUGAUGAUUUGGAUACGUUUACAGACGAUGGAGUGUGCGGCUGUGAUGAUGGGGUGCUGGGCUUCCAAGAUCCGUUCUGCAGUGAGGUGAAGCCUCGAAUCCUGCUGAUGGGUUUACGCCGCAGCGGCAAGUCUUCCAUCCAGAAAGUGGUCUUCCAUAAGAUGUCCCCUAACGAGACCCUGUUCCUGGAGAGCACUAAUAAGAUCUGCCGAGAGGACGUGUCCAACAGCUCGUUCGUCAGCUUCCAGAUCUGGGAUUUUCCUGGACAGAUCGAUUUCUUCGACCCGACCUUUGACUACGAGAUGAUCUUCCGCGGCACAGGAGCGCUCAUUUUCGUUAUCGACUCGCAGGAUGACUACGUGGAAGCACUGAGCAGACUCCACCUCACGGUGACCCGAGCCUACAAAGUAAACCCGGACAUCAAUUUUGAAGUGUUUAUCCAUAAGGUGGACGGUCUGUCCGACGAUCACAAGAUCGAGAAACAACGAGAUAUACACAAACGCGCCAACGACGACCUGGCAGACGCCGGCUUAGAGAGGAUACAUUUAAGCUUCUACCUGACGAGCAUCUACGAUCACUCCAUCUUCGAGGCAUUCAGUAAAGUGGUGCAGAAGCUCAUUCCACAGCUUCCGACUCUGGAGAACCUACUCAACAUUUUUAUAUCCAUUACAUGGAGCUGCACGUACACGUUGGAUUCGCCGCAUUUGGAUGCCGAUAAUUCAGGGAUCGAAAAAGCGUUUCUGUUCGACGUGGUCAGUAAGAUCUACAUUGCCACAGACAGCAGUCCGGUGGACAUGCAGACGUACGAGCUGUGCUGCGACAUGAUUGACGUCGUCAUCGAUAUCUCCUGCAUCUAUGGUUUCUCCCUCCCUGCCAGUUUGAGUGAGGAUGUAGCCGGUUCACCGUACGAUAAAGAAUCCAUGGCCAUCAUCCACCUGAACAACACCACGGUGAUGUACCUAAAAGAGGUCACCAAAUUCCUGGCGCUCGUCUGUUUCCUCAGGGAAGAGAGUUUUGAGAGGAAAGGACUGAUCGACUACAACUUCCACUGCUUCAAGAAAGCCAUAGAGGAAGUUUUUGACCUGCGACUGAAAGUGCAGAGAAACCGGAAACUUCUGCGCCAGAGGAGGUGGAGCAGGCAGAACGUGCCUAACGGGACUCACACUCAACAUCACUGAAGGGGACACACACACACACACACACGCACACACACACACACGCACACACACACACGACUGUGAGUUCAGAUUACAAGCCAAAAUUGUCAUCCAAACUAAAUUCCCAGCAAUCUUCAUUUUCAGGUUGUUAACAAUAUUUUAAUAAUUACGAAAAAAUAUUAAUAGACGACUACGUCAUUUUAUUAUCAUAGUAAUAUUUGUAAGGUGAUUAAAUUCAUAGCUGAUUGAAGGAAGAUGUGUGGCUGAAAUGUGACCCGGUAUGAAUGAGUGAGAAGAAAAGAAUGUAUUAAUAAUAAUAAUAAUAAUAAUAAUAAUAAUAAUAAUAAUAAUAAUAAUAAUAAUAAUAAUGAUAAUAUUUUUGUGACAUCUGUGACCGAAUUGCCAUCUACAAACUGAUUUCAUUAGAAUUGCCAAACAACGUUACUUUAUUUUUAUUUUUAAUAGUAUAGAGAAGCAUAGCUUGAUAGAUUGAGAUGAAGCACUGAAGGGAAAACAAUUUAACGUUCGCCCAGUGUAGUCGACCGUAUAAGCCGUGUCGGGGAUGUAAAGCUAACGAAAGCUUAUACAGUAGCUACCGGUUUCUUAUCUAUAUAUCACCCAGAUCACUGGCAUCAAUCGUUUAAGCUGUUGAGAUUCUGGAAGGAUUUUCUACUACGUUUAACUCGGUAGCUGUGAUAAACCUGCUGGCAAACACACUGCAGAGGAAUAAAAGACCUCUGUGGUGAUGAUGAUCACGUUAUCCCAAAAUAUAGAAGCCGUAUUAAACAAAUCUGACAUACCUAACGCAACCCAGUCCCAGGCAAACGGGACGACGUAGCUAAUAGGAACUUGAGGCUAGUUCAUUAAGCGCUAGCUACAGUACUUUAGCCUCGUAGCGCCAGAGCUACAUCUGGUCGCUACAUCUGGGCGAAAGAAAAAGUUGCGUUUCAGUUUUGGUUGAAAUGUAGCUUGGAGAUUGAAAAGAUUAUUUUUUUAAGCCUUGGAUACAGAAAAUGCAUAAAUAUUUG